AUGAUUUGUUUUGAUGGGACUUUAACUUGGAAGCAAGAUCUAAACAAAAAGGGAACGCCAUGCUUUGGUGUUGCAAAAGUGAAAUCAGCUAUGGAUUGGAAUAAAGCAAAUGAUUAUUGCAAGGAAACUGGUGGACAGCUACCAACACCCAGGAAUGAUGAGAGUCGUUUGCUGGAAAUAAUGUUAUCAGAGAUUGGCUCAGAAGCAAAAAUACCGCUCGGAAUUGUUCAUGAGAAAAGUAAGUGGAUGUAUAUACGUGAUGGUCAAAAAAAUGAUUCCGAUUUAACUAAUGUUAAACCGUCACUGGAAAUAUUAAGGCUGUCUACAACAACAGCUGGUCUUCAAUACGAAGCUGCUUUGAAAAAAGAUAAAUAUACAGCGGUGGUAUGCGAGCAUCGAAAUUCAGCACUGUCAGUUAUUGAGAAGCAGGCGUGUGAUAAUGGAUUUGUGUUGCUUGCGAUUAAUAAUGCUUCAAAAUGUUAUUUAUUCCAUGAGUUUCCAAAUCCAUUAAUGGAUGCUAAUGAUUUUAAAGCAGUUUCAAGUUACUGCAAAUCUCAAAGUGGUGAAUUGUUUGAACCGAUCGAUUCAGGCGAUCUUCUUAUCAUGCAAAAAAUCGGUGAGGCAUCAGGCUAUGCCGUGAGAGCUUUUUCCAAAAAUUUUCACCAACAAUAUGGAUAUAUUAAUCAGAAAAUUAAAAAUGCUAAGGAGGAACCCAUAACAGCUGCUGGCUACAAAUAUUCAACCGUGGGGAUCAAUGUCAUUGUUUCAAAUUCUACAGAUGCAUUUUGUUUUAUGUUAGAAUUGCCUGGCGGUUCAAUCGUGCAAAGCACCUGCGAAAUGAAAUCUGAUUUUGCUCUUUGCGUUAAAAAUUCACAACCUGUAAAGACGGAAAAGAUUCUUGAUAUUUUGGGAACGGACAACGUCAUUAUCACUGAUCUGAAGCCAGAGACAACUCUGAAGGAAGUUGAUGAUUUGUCAUAUCUUGGUGUAGCACCCGAAGCAAAGCGAACCGUCAGAAUGUUUGUCACAUCAUCUGUCCUUUACUAUAUCGUUAUCUCUGUUGCCUUAUUCAUUAUUUUAUAA